AUGGACGUGGUGCGCAUGCCACUGUCAGCCACCGGUCAUGAGAUGUGUUUGGCCAGCGGUGGUAGAGUGUGUCUCAGAUCAGCUCUAGUAUCAGACAUCACACAGUUUGACGAACCAAAGAACAGAGUACCACGGAGCAUCUUCUUCGGAGCCUCGCAGUCAGAACGGUGUCUGCUCUGCGGCUCCCAGCAGGCCCCGGUGUCAGCCUGUGGACAGCCCGCGUGA